UUUCCUGGUCAUUUUCUCGUCUGAGUUUCUUUAUUGAAUUUUCUCUAAUUUGCCAACCCUUGUUAUUAGUCUGCCAUUGCAAUCAUCAUUUCUUUUGUCUUAGCAGAAAAAGAAAAACACCAUCCGUCAAAUACGAAUUAAUGAAAUUCAGUCGUUCUUUGUUUACUUGUAUAUAUAGAUUGCAGAAACAAAGGAGAGGGUUAAUGGGUAGUACAGUUUGGAUGAGAAAAUAUCUUAUUAUCCAGUUUUUUCCAUGUUUGAUUGCAUGGUGGGCCUCAUGGGUUUGAGAGAGUUGGAAAGAGGUUUCUCAUUUGUGUUGCAGAGUUGCUCAGACAAGCAAUCCAGGAGCGGAUAGCGACUCUAGGGUGAUCGUAAUAAUCUUCUCGUCACGAGAUUUUCUUUUGACACUCAUCAAAUGAUGCCUUUCUAUGUCUAGAUAUCACUGCCACCUGUGCAUAAGAAUGGUUGUAUUCUGCUGUAUACAAAGCUAUGAUUUCUACUUCGCUGUUGUUUCAUAUGUAAAGCCGAUCAAGCAAUAAUCACCAAGUGAAGAAAUAAACCCAGUAAACAAAGGGAUCCGACUGCUAUUGCCUUUGGUUUGAAUUUCUUUUGUUUAAGUUGUAUUCACAGGCAUGUUGCUUGCAACCAUGUCCAAUUCGACCUCUUUGUCUGAGGAUGCUAGUGUUUCGUCUGGUACUAGAGUUCAAGACUUGAGCAGUUUAAUAAAUCCUAUCUCGUCUUCCAUUUCUCCUCAGCAGCAACAGAAGAUCAAGAAGAAGAGAAAUCUUCCAGGAAACCCGGACCCAGAUGCUGAAGUGAUUGUUUUAUCUCCUAAGACACUGUUGGCCACCAACAGAUUCGUGUGUGAAAUCUGCAACAAGGGUUUUCAGAGAGAUCAGAACCUUCAGCUUCACAGGAGAGGCCAUAACCUUCCAUGGAAGCUGAGGCAGAGAACCAGCAAAGAGAUGAGAAAGAGAGUCUAUGUGUGUCCAGAGCCCUCGUGUGUUCACCACCACCCUUCAAGGGCCCUUGGUGACCUCACAGGAAUCAAGAAACACUUCUGCAGAAAACAUGGAGAGAAGAAAUGGAAGUGUGAGAAAUGCUCUAAGAGAUAUGCAGUUCAAUCAGAUUGGAAGGCUCAUUCAAAAACCUGUGGCACAAGACAAUAUAGAUGUGACUGUGGAACCAUUUUCUCCAGGAAAGACAGCUUCUUUACUCAUAGAGCCUUCUGUGAUGCCUUGGCAGAAGAGAGUGCAAGACUCUCCAGAAACCUAUCAGAACAUCCCCUCCAUCUCCACCCACAAAACCCAACUCCUCUCUUCCCAUUCUUAACUCAACCACAGAACUUCCCAAACCAGACAUCCCAGAUCGACCCACCUCACAAUCCAAACUCUACUCAAAACCCAGUUCAAAUCAAGGCCGAGGCUCAUCAUCAUCAUCAUCAGCAGCAGCAUCAAAUCCCAACCAUCUCUCCCCCUCCAUUGUUCUACGAUCAACCAUCCCAUAAACAGUUGAUUGCAUCACCCUUACAACACCACCUUCAGAUGGCCACCGACAACCCCAACAGCAAAACCAACACAGCUCAUAUGUCGGCCACUGCGCUGCUUCAAAAGGCUGCGAAUUUUGGUGCAGCGGCCCUUUCAAGCGCCACACAAACUCAACCAGUGGGUCAUCAUAUUACGUCCUCCAUCAAACGGUUGGACGAGUAUGGGAAAAGGAACCAUGUGGGAUUCCCGUUAGAAAAUCUAGCCACGUGGCAGAAGAAUAGCCGUCUGACUCGAGACUUUCUGGGACUAACAGGGGAUUGUGAGGGUGGUAUCAACGUUAAAGACCUGUUAUCAUUCGCGGGGGGCGUUGAAUUCACUCCUUACGACCGAGACGUCUCGUUGUUGAUUGCUGAACAUGCUACCUCGGGAAAGUGGGGUGGUGACUAUGGUAGUAGAAUUGAAGGCUGAGGCUGAUCACUGAUGGCUGAACCCAAAAUGAGGGCUAAAACAUUAAUAUUGGUAAAACUCUGGGAACGGAGAUGGCCCUCCCUUUGUUGAGAAUGACAAAGUUGUCCAUAAUGUCACUCCUUAUCUACUUGGUUAAAUUUUACAAAAUUCACUGUUUCUUAUAUUUUCUUUUUUUUUUCCUUGUAAGUGGCAUUGUUUUAAUAACUUAGUAAAGCUUUGUCUAAAGUGAUCUGAUCA